CUGGCGCCGCAGUACUUCCGGCGCCAUUUCCGGUUCAGCUGCUCGUGGCGGAAAGGGAGAUUACCCGCGAGGUGAUGAAGCCGCCCGCGAGAGUCCGUGCCGUCCCCCGCCGUUACGGUGUGGAAAGGGAGGCGGCGGCCCUGGACAGUGAGGCUGAGUGUGACGAAUGGAGCGAGAAGGAGCGACGGCUGCUACUGAGGCUCCUGCGCAAGCAGAGCGCGGCCCGGGAGAUCGACCUACUGCCCAUCGAACUGGCCAUGCCCAACCACAGUCCACAGGAAGUGGCUGCCUAUGUGGAGAGACUGAAGGAGAGGUCGACUCGCAGUGCCAUCCAGAAGGUCUACAGCCAGCAGCUGCAGGAACAGAGGCGCAGGCAGCAGCAACUGCGUGCCCCAUUGCAGAUCUGGACAGAAUUGGCAGAAGCAGUGACGGGCACAUUGGACAAAGUGAUCUCAAACACGGUCUGCCAGACACUGAUGAUUGCAGCCACAGAGUCCUUGUGCCAGGAGCACGUGGUGCCACUGAUGUCGCGCUGUGGUGAAGAGCUGACGGAGGUGGGUGCUACAGAUCUGACAGAUGGGGUUCUCCCCUCACAACCCCCAGUAGAUGAUGCAACCCAGGAGAAACAAUCGGAAUCGAAGAUGGCAGAGCCCGAUGACCUGUCCCAGCAUGUUGAGUUCACCAAGAUAUACCGGUUUCUGUCAGCAGCUGUCAGGGGGGCAACGUUACCGCAGCUGGCACCACUGGAAUGUGCUGUGCUUCUGGAGCUGCUGCUGUCUCUCCCGACACAGCUGGAAGGACUGUCCCGCCAGGAUCUGGGAGCUCAUCUACACCAGGCCCACAGCCACCUCCACAAGACUAUUCGCUGCCGGAACCCCCCACAGGGACAUCAACCCACUCCAGGACCUCCGACCGCCAACCCAGACCUUCCUCAUCCAGCCGAGUGCUGGCCGGGACCCUUCACUCAAGCUUGGGCCCUCAACCCCUUCGGAAUUCCUCUGCAGCUACUGGUUCAAGCACAGGGUCUGGGAUCUGCUCCUGACAUCCCCCAAUCCAUUCCUCUAACCCACCCCCAAAUCCCAGAGCAGAACCCUGACCUUCAGCUAGGAGACUUAACAGUGACCUCUGACCCUGCUUCCACAAGCUGGUGGAAGAUUUAGUGACCUUUCCCGUAGUACUGAGGGAGGAGUUUAAUGUCCCUUUAUACUAGAAGAGGGGUUUCAUCCCAUGUACAGCAAAUCUCCCCUUUGUGAACUGAGCACCAAAUUUCUUCUCCCCAACCCAUACGCUGAGAGUGGGCUUUAUACUCCCACCUACACACCCUCCACCAGGGGAUGGUGUUUCACCGCUGCCCUUUGUUUUCCCUGGAUAGAGGGUAGGAUUUAUUUCCCACCAUAACUGAGGAAGGAGUGUACUGACCCACGUCCAACGGGGGGGGCUGUGACACAGUUGCCUCUGUUUCUCGGGAUGUUAUUGUUCGACACCCUGUGUGAGUUGUGGUAGUGUGGUUCAUUUGGUGUACCAUCUGUAGGUGUGGGCAUUCCCUGGGUUAGAACCUGCACAGCAGUAAUUGGCUGGUUAUUUUACAUUGGCAUUUCUGUUGCACCUUAAAAAAACUGAUGGUUUCUCCUGUUACACUGUUAGUUUAUCAAAUAGUCAGUAAAUGAAUAUAACUGAAAGGCUGAAUGUGAACUUGUUAGAGGUUCUGGAAUUGGAGGACAGUAGAGGAGAUACUACACUGCCUUCCAAACUGUCUGAAGAACAUCCUCAUUUUUUCCCCCUCCCUCUUCCUCUCUUCUCCCCUCCCUCCUGCCCCCCACUUCUCCCCUCCCCAUCUCUCCUCCUCCUCCCUCUCUCUCUCUCCUCCCCUCCCCCCUCUCCCUUCUCCCCCACUAUCUCCCUCUCCAGUUAGCCACAUUAUCACACAGAUCAUUAGAAAAAAAGAACCGGAACAGCAACAGUAUUUGCAGCAUUCCGCAGACCUCCAGUCAGAGAGGCAACCACCCACUACCACUGUCAGUAAUCUGUAUAGGGUCCAUGAAGUUGAUGCUAUUUUGCCUCACUUCUAAAUACAGAUGCAAAAAAUUAAUGUAAGAUCUGCCCCAUUUCUUUCAGCUCCACACGUAGGUCACCAUUCUGACCUUCCUGAGGACCAAUUUUGUCCCUUGAAAUCCUUUUGCUCUUAUCAUAUCUCCAGUAUCUCAGGGUUCUCCUUCAGCUUGCCUGCUAUGGCAACCUCAUGCCUUCUUCAAGUCCUCCUGAUAUUUUUCUUAAAUGUUUUCUUGCAUUUCUUGUACUCCAUAAACACCUUAUUUGUUCCUCCUACUGCUAUGUUUUUUUUUACUUAACUAUGUUCUUAACUUCUCUUGAAAACUAAAAUUCCCCACACUUGUUAUCUUUACCUUUUAUUGUGGCAGCUUUUUAUACAAGCUUUGUACUCUCAAAAUUUCACUUUUGAAGGCCUUCCACUUAACAAAUACACCUUUGCCAGAAAACAGCCUGUUCCAAAACACACUUGCCAGAUCAUUUCUAAUACCAUCAAAAUUGGCCUUUCUCCAAUUUAGAAUCUCAGAAAACAGAUUAGACCUAUCUUUUUGCGCAUUACUUUGAAACUAAUGGCAAUGCAAUCACUAGAUGCAAAGUGUUCCCCUACGCAAAAUUCUAUCACAUGCUCUGUCUCAUUCCCUAAUAACAGAUCAAGUAUCUCACACAGCGUCUCUGGGACUUCUAUGUACUUAUUAAGGAAACUUUACUGAACACAUUUGACAAACUCUAUCGCAUCUAGUCCUUUUACAGUAUGAGGAUCCUGGUCAAUAUGUGCAAAGUUAAAAAUCACCUGCUAUAACAACCUUAUGUUUCUUGCAACAGUCUGUGAUCUCUCUACAAAUAUGUUCCUCUGAAUCCCUUGGACUGUUGGGUGGUCUGUAAUAUAGCCCAUUAACGUGGCCAUACUUUCUUAUUUCUCAGUUCUAAAAAGGAAAUGUGAUGAAAUGAUCUGUAUGGAUGACAUGCAAAAGUAGAGUUGUUUACUGUACCUUUGAAUAUGACAAUCAUAAACCAAUUUGUCAAGCUUUCUGAGAAACAGGUUCUGGAAAGCCUGAAGUUAAAUGUUAGAUUUGGGCUGAUGGAGUGGGGUGCAGUUUAUGCCAGAGGACCCACGCUGUGUGAAAAGGCAUUGAUCUCAAACCACAAUGCUCCUUGAAGACUUGUUUGUAUUACUCUGUGCUAAUAUUAGAUCACUUCUGCUUGCUCUGCU